UGCUUCGUUGAUGCUGGGCUACUGGAUUUCUGGUUUCUUUCCAUACCAUUAUGUAUUCAGUCAUAAAUGAUAACGUUAGUCAAAGUUGAUGAAUCUGACGCAGCCUGUAUAACGAAUGAUACACGAGCAAGAUGUCCCAGACUGUGACUAUGACGGAGACAGGUAUCAGCGCCCUCGAGGGAUCACCAAGACAUAGUAAACACAUGGGUGAUACGGAGACAGUUGUGUUCAGUAACUGCAAGUCUGGACUCGGAAUUAAGAUUAUCGGAGGUAAGAGUGAGAUUGAAGAAGGAAGGGAUUAUGGCAUCUUCAUUAGACGGAUUAUCCCUAGAGGAUUAGCUGAACAAAGCGGACGUCUUUGUGAAGGGGACCAGAUUCUCAGUGUGAAUGGUGAAAGCUUACUGCGGGUUUCCAAUGAACAGGCAGUCCAGUAUCUUCGUAAUGCAUCAGCGACCAAUAACGUCACUAUGGUGAUAACAAGGAAUGCGUCGGCAACACACAAAUUUUCAUUGCUGUUAGAAAGUCAACUUGCUAACACAAGAAACACUUUCAACUUGGAUUCACAGUCGGUUUCAUCAGAUCAAGCAUCAGAUAGCAAUGAUGGAGCUCCAAGACGUUGGUCAUCCCAGAGAGAAAGAACCUCCAACCAGUCUCCAUCUCCAAGUGUAGUUUCCUCCUCAGGACCUGGAGACCUCAGUCCUGAGUCUGCUAAUAUCAGGGUACCAAACGCACGUGAGAUUGUUAUAAAUAAGCUGAGUGGUCUAGGGCUGAGUAUAGCGGGAGGUAUCGAUCGUUCUGAUGGGCCAUCGAUAUACAUCCAAAAUGUUCAUCAAGACGGAGAUUGUUACAGGGAUGGGCGAUUGAGAGUUGGUGAUUGUCUUUUGUCCGUUAACGGAGAAUCCUUGACAGGUCUGACUAAUGAAGUAGCUGUGAGGAUCCUAACCCGAGAAUCACUCAGAAGUGACAUCAGUACCCUUCGUCUCGUCUACAUUCCUGGUGGUUCUCCCAUGAUGCAUCACGGUCAUCCGUCUCGACAAACACCUAGUUCCAGCUACGCCUCUUCCCCGAGCUCAAACCCAUCACCUCAACGUUACCUAUCUGAGCCCGGUAACCAACAUCCCCAAGGGUUACCGUACACUGGGACAAGCCACCCGCUACCUAGCAGACAGUCGCCCCAUGGGGGUGUAGGGUUGCCCCCUUCACCCCAUAUGGGAAUGUCGCCAAUGAAUGGUCAUGACCAAGGUAAUGGAUUAGUCUCUUCACAAGCAGUUAAUCAGUCCACUUCACCACCAUUGUAUGGACAGGCAAUGAUCAACGGUUACCCAUUAUCAGCUCUUAGCCAACCAGCUCCUUCCCACAUUGCUAUGCCGUUACAUCUUCAACAACGUCUUCACAUUCAACCAGCUCUGUCUUCAACUCCACAAACUGACAACAUUAACGGACAUCACAACCGUGUACCCCAACCACACAGCACACAGCCUGAGCCAUCCCCAGUCCUGCCUGCUAACAGUAUUACCAUGGCAACCCAACAUCAUGGCCAAUCGGCAUCUUCGUUAGCCACUCCCACUAUCGCUACAUUAUCACCAAGCCCCGCCCGCCCAAGGGGGAUGUCUCGAAGUAGACGUUUGUCCCUUGAUCCUCACGUGAGGUUAAGGGUCGACAAACUGGAAGUGGCUUUGAAAUAUCUUGGUAUAGAUCCAUCGGAAGAGGAAAAGAUGGAACUGAGAAGACGACUGCAAGUGGACCAAUCAGGAAUGGUGCCAUAUGGAGUCUUUGUUGCCGUCUCCAGAGAGUUAUUUAAGAUGCAGCUUGAUGAAAGUGUUCUAGGAGCGGGGUCAUUGACCUUUGCAGCCCACGACGUCACUGACUUUGCAGAGCCGCCACCAUUCCAACAACAGCCACAGCGCGCAGGUUUAGACACAGUACCGAAUGGUGAGUUAGAAACGAUGAGGAGACAACGCGAUGAAGCACUCAGAGAAGUGGAAAGAUUAAAAGUACAACUUCAAGAGAAAGAUCGAUCCUUCAAUUUAGCCGAGGAAGAGUUACUCAGAAUUCGCAAGGAGGCUCAAGGAGCCAUCCAUGAGAGUAGAGCCUUAAAGAGUCGUGUCCAUCUUGCUGAAGCUGCCCAACACGAGGCUCGUAAUAUUGAGAUAGACUACGAAGAGGUGGUUCAUUUAUUGGAAGCUGAAGUUGAAAGGUUACAACGGAGGAGUAAUAGGACACCACCACAGUCUAAUCCAGUUGAUAUCGAGAACCUGCAGAAGAGAUUGGCAAUACUUAGCUGUGAGCUGAGGAAAGCUACUAUUAGCAAGAGAACAUAUGAAGUAGCAACAGAGAACUUACUGCAGUUUGCUGAGGUUGUUCAUGAGUACUCCAGUAACGGGCCUAAUUCCAUGAGUAGCGGCCCCAGGGGGCGUGGGGAGAGUGCCAGACGGGGUAAUACUGGCUUCAUUCCCCCUGGGUAUCUGGCUAAACAUAGCAAGCACGGUCCCUUUAAUCUCGCCACUGAGGCUAAGGAAACUGUGAAGGCUGUCAAGAAACUGCUGGAAGUUGAGCCUUUGCCUUAUGGUUGGGAGGAAGCCUACACAGCGGACGGUAUGAAGUACUUCUUAAAUCAUGUGACCCAGGGUACAACAUGGAUUCACCCGAUCUCAAACGUCAAUCAUCUGCCGAAUAUCGACGAGAAUGCCCAAGAACUGCCCGAAACAAGAGCAUAAAGCGCAAUGUAUAAACCAUUUAUCAUCAUUUUUACUAUUAUAAUGUCUCUAGCCAGUCACAAUGUGCCUAGAGGUCAUAAGUCACAACCAAGUUACAGACUUUAAAUUCAAGACACAACGAGUAUCAGAUAAAACCUGAAUCAACAGCGAGAAUGAUCUAGCCAAUCACAAAGGUGCCUGAAGGUCAGAUGUCACAGUUAUCCCCAUUGAACAGUACUGGAGUAAGAGUGUUUAAAAACAAUAGAUCAGAUGACGGAGGUGUCACCAGCCAAUCACAAAGCUGUCAAAUGUCACACGUACCACACUUGAACAGUAACAAAGCAGAGAGUUAAAUAAUAGGCCCAAUAUUUAAAAGUGCUGUCACUGCCCAAUCGCAGAGGAAAUUGCUGAACAGUAUUUUCUACUUAACAGCUUCAUGAAGUUGGCCUCUGAUGUAUUUUUAUUUGUAGAGUGAAGUUAAACUUGAAGUGUACUCCUUUUAAAAUAUUGUAAUAUAUUUCUGUACAUAGGUGUACUUGAGUGGUUGUGAAUGAAUCAAGGCUUAAAUUGUGUUAUACAUGUCUAACUGGCUGUCUUAAACUGAAGCAAAUUUUGUAUAUUUGUAAUUAUAUACUUCCAAUAAUUUAUCUAAUGUUAAUAACAAGUCACAAAAAAGUACUAAAAUAUUAUUUGAAAAUGCUCUUUUCUACACAUAGCACAUAAUGUACUUAUCAUUUUACAAUAUUUUUGUGCAGUGGCCAUUUCAUAAUGUAAUCGAAUUGUCAGUUAUUGCUACAGCUAUGGCUGUUGCUAAGAGUGUUACCAAGGACGUCCUAUACUUCAAUGCAUACUCUGUUUGAUCCAGCCUUAGCCGUAGCCGCUAAUUCAGACACAGCCUUAAUGAGUACUGGAAGGGAAUUUAGCUGGUUCUUUUUUAAUAUUAUUAUUCCUUAUCAUUCCAUAUUAUAUAUAAGUGUUCCUUACUAAUACUAGCAUAUUGUAUUCUCUUAUGCAAACAUCUUAUCAACACAUUUAAUUUAUGUAAAUGCAAAAGCAAACAAUAAUGAAAUGGUUGAAGGGGCCAUGACCAAACCAGGUUUGUGGUUGUAUAUGGAAUUAUGAACUCCAACCCAGUUACAGAUUGUAUACGAGGCAGGGGGCGGCAGGGCUGCUUGUAGUAUAACUGUGUGGAUAAAAUUAUUUAAUGUUAAAUUUAUAUACAGUGGUACACUUUUGUAUUGCAGCAUUAAAUUUCGGGAUCAGAACAGGUUUGUGUCUGGCUGUGCCUGGCUGUAAAUUGAAUUAUGAACUCUCACCCAGUUACAGAUGAUAUUCGGAGGGAGUGUAUGCUUGUAGUAACUGGGUGGGAGUUAGUAUUGUGCAGCCACAUACAUUGCAUGCUUUGAUCAUGACGACACAACCCCUUUAAUGGCUUCAUGUUUCGACCCCAGCAGAAGUAUUUUUGAUAAAAGUUCUUGAUUUGAACUGGAAUGGUGAAUUGAAA